CGUUGGUUGUGGACUUUCUGCUUGCGUUACGUUUUGGACGACUGCCUCCAAGCAAAUCAUCGCCCAAACGCUUGUCUGCCCGAGCCGUCCUGCCACAGGUCUAUUGACAAUCUUUUGGAGUCUGUAGAAGCUAUUUCUUGCAAACACGACAGCUGCCGCACGUUUUACUUUGCAAUACCUUAUCUGUUUCCACCUGUUCCAUCGCAUUCUACGCCGUCAAUAAUGUUUAUAGUAAAUUGGUUUUGGAGCUUGCUCUCUGACUGGGGUCUUUUGAACAAAAAUGCAAAGAUUCUCUUUCUCGGUCUUGACAACGCCGGCAAAACUACGUUGUUGCACAUGCUCAAAAACGAUCGAUUGGCGACAUUGACUCCAACCUUACAUCCCACUUCGGAGGAAUUGCAGGUUGCCAACAUCAAGUUUACAACGUACGAUUUGGGUGGACACCAACAGGCGCGUCGUUUAUGGAAAGAUUACUUUCCAGAAGUUGACGGGAUUGUUUACUUGGUGGAUUGCGCGGACGUGGAGAGGUUCCCAGAGAGCAAAGCAGAACUAGACGCUCUUUUGUCCAUUGAGGAGCUCUCCAAAGUCCCUUUCCUCAUUCUUGGAAACAAAAUUGAUGCUCAGGGAGCUGUAUCAGAGGAUGAGCUAAGACACGCCCUUGGUCUAUUCCAAACCACUGGAAAGGGAAAACUGCCUCUUAAAGAUAUCCGGCCAAUUGAGGUGUUCAUGUGCUCCAUUGUCAUGAAGCAGGGAUACGGUGACGGUUUCCGUUGGCUUUCAUACUACAUUCAGUAGAAAACAUCUGCAGACAAGCUGUUGUCACUUUGUUGGAAAGCCAUGGAGCAGUUUAACCAGAAAGUUGAGCGGCUAUGAGCAUUGGUAGGAGGAUGAAGUGUAUGACGCUGGUAGAGACCACAUAUAGCUUUUUUACGCAAGUAUCUGAUAAUAAGAUGGUUCGGGUAUAAAAUUGCAUUCGUCCA